UGAGGGAAGGCAUUUAAAGGCCAAUCAAAUCUUCAUCAUUGAAAUAAUUGUGUUAAAUUUUCAUCACAAACAUACUAAUUUGAAUAAGGACCAACGAUUUACCGCCCAGACUCGAGCACAAAUCUGGAAGAAAUAAAUCGUACACCAUUCUUAUUUCUUACUUUAACCUGUUUCGAAGUAAGUGUGCAGCCAGAAAUAUGUCGCUGCUCGGGGAGCUAAGACAGUACCGCAAGGACUAUGUCGAGAUUCCACAAAGUGAACAAAUUCGAGCCAGAGAAAUAGUGGAAGAAAUCAAACGAGAGUUUCAGCAAUACAACAGUGGUUCACCGUACAAUUUUGGACAAAUCUUCCAUCAGGGAAGCUCAUAUGAGGGGUUGAAGGUGAUAAAGGCAGAUGAGUUCGACCUGCUGGUUCCUCUCAACUUAAACAACCAUGACUGGAAAAUCACUCCUUCAAGCCAACGGGGAACGUCAGGUUAUUAUAUGAUCACAAAGCAGCACGCAUCGUCUGUAGCAACGUUUGAUAAUUUUACCGAGCAAGGCGGAUUAAUUCCAGCAAAAGUUCGCCAGAACAUGCAGUCGGUUGUCCAAAGAGCCGUCAACAGCAUGGGCGGUAGACAUUUCAGUGUCGACCUCGGACAUACUGGCCCUGCCAUCACAAUACAUGUCGUCUACGAUUACGGCAAAGAAUUGUCCAUCGAUAUUGUUCCUUGUUUGCAGCUAAACGGUCGAAGAUUUUACGCCAAAAGCCCUCCUGAUUCGUUAAGAAAUACCACAAGUAACGUGUAUGAUCGUAUGUGGAGAGAGAGUUUUUCCAAUAAAGAGAUGGAAAGAAUCAAUAGGAUGGAUGGGAUGAAUGAAUGUCGUCGAGAUUGUCUAAAAAUCCUUAAGACAAUCCAAAAGAGGAGAGGAAUAUCGCAAAUUGGAAUGUUGUCGUCAUAUCACCUUAAGACUUGCUUGCUGCAUCUCAACCACGAUCGACCUCGCCUUACGUGGCAUCAGGACGAUAUGGCUGACAGAUUCAAGGAUCUAGUGAAUACAUUGAUGGAGUUCCUUGAAAAUCGUAACAUGCCAAACUUCUUUUGCAGAUCAGUGAAUCUCUUUGACCGAUAUGAUACUGACUCACUGAAAAACAUACUCGGCUGGUUGAGAAAGGCUACACGAGAUGAUAAGAGCAUAAUCGAUCACCUGUUACACGAAAGGGAUUUUGUGAAGCCUACUCCGGACAACUUUCAGAUUGAGGUCAAAAAUCAAAAUGGCAAAACUAAAACUUACUCUAACAUGCAGAGAUCGACUAAAGUGAAACAACUAAAGACCAAGAUAUACGAGAAUGAAGGAAUACCCACAGACCAGCAGCGAUUGCAAUAUCAGAGCAAAACCCUACAAGAUGAUCGAACAUUGGGUUAUUAUGGCAUCCAGCAAGGGAGUACACUUUACCUGCUUGGGGGAUUGCGAGGUGGAUAAUCGUGGACAAAUCUAAUUUAUGGCAUAUAUACCCUCUACAUGGCCUAAAUGUUUUGAGAUUAUGAGGUAGUUAAUGUGUUACAAACGUCUAGAUAUAUAAGUCGAUAUCUAUAAAUAGAAUAAGUAAAUGUAUCUACAGUAUAAUAGAUUUAUUUGGUAUGACUGUUGAAUUGCUGCUUUGUAAUUGUGUAUGUGGCGUCUUACAGUUAAGGUAAUUAUAUUAUUGAUUAUAUAUAUUAUAUAUACAUAUAUAUAUAUAUAUAUACAUAUAUAUCUUAUGUGUAUGUAAAUAUGCUUAUUUGUAUAUAUGCCUAUUAUAUCAAGCUUUUCGUUUUAAACAACCGAUUCUCAUGUAUUCCCAUGUAGAUAUGAAUUAGUAAAAAGUCUAUUAAAAUUCACUGAAUUUUAAUAGACAAUACAAAUAAAA